CGGUCUUACUGUGAAAACCACAAUUUUAUGAAAUAUCUGUUUUAGUUUUAAUGGCAAGUCGACAUUCACCUACAAGACAAGUGAUAUGUAACAGUGUUUGUGCACGUUAUUAUAAAAUCUACAAAACCAUGCACAGAUUAACACAGCCGCAAUAGAAAUAUCCUUAUCUAAUCACGAAACAGAUAAGAACUAGCAAGCAUUUUCUCUCACUUUUGGUGAGUAGUGUGUCAUAACGAAAGGUGCGGAAUUACACCAUAAAAAUGAACGUUCUAAAGAAGAAAUCGAAGAACAAAGACGUAAUAAACGCACUGAACGAAAAGGAAUACAAAUGCGUGAGUUUAAGAGCCAUAACCAACGAGAUCAUGAAAGAAAAUAACGAGAAAAAACUGAAAGAACUGGUAGAGGAAAUUAAUCAUCACCUAACCGAUUUGCGAUCUCUGAAAAUCGAAGACGACGACACCAUCGAAGAGAGACGCGCAAACUUAAUUGGUAAUUUCGAGAAGUGUUUGGUGAAAAUCAUCAAACCGGUGUCAAAGGAGAUACUGGAAAAGCUGAAAAAGCAACAGGAUGAUAUAAAGGAGUUUAGUGUGGCUGUCAUUGAGAAAGACGAUGCUGAAGAGCUACGACUUUUGGCGGAGAGGAUCGAUAGGCUAAUGCAAGUGAUCAAAAACUUACCGGAGGUGAUAAAUGGUACUGCCUCGGAACAACUGAAGUUAAUAAUUGCUCAAUACGAGGCGUUGUAUGGUACUGUUCGAGCUCAUUUUAAUUCGGCGAGGAUCAGCAGACCUAUUUCCCAGAUGGAAUUCUCUAAAUUAUUUGGACCACAAUCAAAAAGCGAGAAGACGGAAAAUACUACAGAUUGUCCUAUGCCAACAAAUGAGAUGCAGGAAAAACUUAUGCAAAUUAGACAGAAACGUACAGAACUGAUGGAGAGCCUUAACCAGUCGCCAAGUACAACAUCUGUAGCAAAUGCCAAGUCGGAGAGUUUCUCAGGAUUCAAAGCUGAACACAGAUCUUCAGGUCAAGCAUUCAACUCUUCAGUAUCUCAAUCGAAUUCGUUCAAGUCUAACUCGCAAAGAACACCCAUACCUAUAAGGAAACUUUUCAAUUCUUGCGUUUCCUCGUCCUCGGCUAACAAGGGCUCCAUCGAAGAUUUGACAGGGGAAUUUAACAGUCCAUUCGAACAGCAACUGAAAGGAUUCAAACUGAAACCAACACAGUUUUCAGAAAGAUACAUGGAGUUUCGUAAAAACGAGGAAAACGUCGUUGAAAAUAGUCUUAAUCUGAAUAAAAGUCCUCGGAAACAAGCUAUCAAUGUUGCUAGUCCUAAACUGCCUAGUGGUGUUAAUGAAAACAUCGAAUUAAGGAAUAACAGAAAGAAACCCAUCGUUUCUCCAAGGACUAAGAUGCCAGAUAGACAGGAAAAACCUGCUGAAGAAAAUAUUAUGCCGCAUCGUAUCAGCGAUUCAGUAACAAUUCAAGCUGAUAGGAAGACACCAAUUAUUGAAAAUCCCAAAAUAGAACCAUUGUCGAAGUACACCUUGAACAAGAGCCUCAAUUCGAAAAAACAUUCUUCCGAAGACAUAAUUUCCAUAAGAAACGACUCAAGAUCUGCCACGCCUGAACCCUCACCUAACAGGAUAUCUUUUUCAACGUUCAGAUCUAGCACGGACUCUAUUCAAAACUUGCCUAGCGAGAACAUAUACGAGAACAUUAUUGUUAGAAAUUCGGAUAAAAAUCAAAAAGAAGCUGACAAAGAGAGCAGCGUAGAUUCCGAAGACAAAGAUAUUGUUAAAGGUUUCUUGCAAGAAAUAUUCAAAAUCAAGGAAACAGUCGAUGCCUUUAAAGGUUUCAAAUACGAUGACAAGUAUUUGAAAAUUGACAAAAAAUUGGCGAAGUAUCUCGUGGAGCUUAACGAUAUUAAUGCUGGUUUUUCUGGCGAGGAUAUGGGCAAAUCUGAACUAUUGAUGAUUUUAAAAACGGUAGCGGAUGCUCUUGAUAGUAGAGUAAGGAAGAACGAGUUGAUAUUGAGAAAUAUUUUAGAAGAGCAAGUGGAGUUUAUCGCCAAGAAGCAUGGGCUUAUUCAAAGAUCGGCCUAAUCAGAAACAUGAAUGGAUGCUUUCCUUGUUGUACAGGCGAGCAUACUAUCGAAAUCGUUAAUUUCGACCAGAAAAUCACAAUCCAGCCACCUCACCAAGAAAGAGUCCCAGAAUGGAAAGAAAGGUCAUUUAACAAGAUCGUAGUCGUUAUGCCAUCAGUCAUGUCCAGAGGCUAUCCAGCGAACUCUGAUUCGCCUGUCACGUUCGACCCAAAAUACUGGAAUCCGUUUAAACACCAGCCCGCCAUUGUGGAGGCUCCCAGGCUAUCUUCGAUGAACUUAGAUGGUCAGCCAGUGGCAAGCUCGGAUCCGGGUCCGGCGAGGGGCGUGGCCGAAUAUCUGGCACUGAUGAAUAUGACCGUGGCUAAUCAAAAUUAUGUUCGUAGAGGGCCUGGCGAAGGGAUGCCUCCAGAUAACGUUCAGCCAUUGCCGGAAGAUCAAGCUUCCGGGUCUGGGGUAAGUUCUCGGGGCCCUGAGCACGGCAAAACAGUUCCUUCCGGUUCUAAAGUGAGUGGCUCGGGUCGGGGGCCUCACAACUUGGAAGAUCAAGCUUCCGGGUCUGGGGUAAGUUCUGGGGGCCCUGAGCACGGCAAAACAGUUCCUUCCGGUCCUAAAGUGAGUGGCACGGGUCGGAGGCCUCAGAACUUAGAAUUGGUUAAUCUAGCUAGGCAAGAUCAGGGUUCCCAACAAACGAAAACUAGAGGCCAUGAUUGUGCAGAAACUAACGUUUAAUUUUUUGUGUGUUACGUCAAUCACUUUUCAACGGAAAUAAUACAGGGUGGCGCACCUCAUUCGCCUCGGUUGAUUAUACGAAAACUAAAAGGUGUAGAAACAAAAAAUUUUAUGGGUAUAUGUAGAGAGGCAAUGUGCAUAAAUUAAAAUUAUUUUCAAAUGUACAGGGUGUGGUCAGAACUAAGGUCCAUAACAAAGUUAUAUAUUUUCGUAUGGAACA